UGUGUUUGGAGUCCAAAAAAUUACGAAAUUUUGCUCGAACUUGUGAAUGACGAGCUAAAAGCAAAAGGAUAUAUGAUUAGACUACCUGACAAUCCUGGAAAGAGAAGAGUGGAAGAAAAAUUUUAUGAAACAACCGGCAUUAAAGUCAAAUGGGAGCUAGAAAUAAAAAGCAGAAUUGACUAUAUGCGUAAGCUUCGGCAGUAUAACACUAUAUUAACCAGUCGGACUGGUGUUAGGGUUAAUCCUCUAACUGGAAGGUUAGAGAUGUCCGAAUCUUGGUGGAGUGAUCGAAUUGCGGUGAAAUUUGGAAAAAAUGGAAAAUUUGUACGAGUGCUACAAAGCAAAGCUCUUCCAUUUAAAGAACUACUCGAUCAAAUUUUUGGUGAACAUGAUCUAGAACAAGAUGAUCGUUAUUCACCACACACACUCCGUACAAACAUCCUACAAAGACUUCAUCACGAAGAAAGUGAUGAUGAUAUAGAGGUGGAGGAAACACCAGAAGACAAUGGGUCCCAAUUUCCGAUGGAACUAACAUCUGAUGAUGAUUUUCCCCGAGCUAGUCAGUCAGCUAUCGCUGCUACUAGGGAACAAGUACGGAGUUCUUCAUCCCGUAUAAAUAAAUCAACUUUGCGUGCUCGAAAGUCUACUACUAGACGUCCUAAUCGAAAAAGAAUCAACUUCGAGAGCCAAGUUCAAACUGGAUUUGAACGUCUUGAAGAGUCUCGAACAAGCUUGUUGGAUGUCUUACGGUCGCGGCAUAACUCAAAAGCAACUUUUGGUGAUGCUGUAGCUGUAUUGGAGACGUUGCCGGUUCAACCGAUGAGGAAAUUUUGUUGGGAAGCAAAUAGGCUGUUGAUGAAUGACGAAGAUGUUCGUGAUGGAUUUAUGAAAUUACGGAAUGAAGAAAAUAAAAUUCAGUUUUUGGAGAACCUAACUGGAGUUGAUAGAUAUGGCUAUCCAUGUGAUAUUAUCAAUCUGAGGGGUACUAGCAGCUCUGCAACUCCUUCUCUUCCAUCUAUGCACUCACAAAUGGCAGGAAUUAAUACUAAUGCAUCCUCAAGUUUCUCCCAAAGAUAUGAAAUGUUUGAUAUGGGUUCUUCAGGGACUACUUUCUCAUCUUUGCUUGGAGUUAUAUUUCGUAUUGCAGAAUUGCAUUUACGUGGACUUGAAAAUUUAUCGGAUGAAGAAAUUACAGAGCUGUUAUUGCUGGAAGAAGAUGAAAUUUUACACACUCACAUCACUCCUCUGUUGAAGUAUUAUGGAAAAUUCUUUUGCAAAGAACCAAUGAAUCAAAAAAGAGGCAAAGGGUGGCACAUUAUUCGACAACAAAUCUAUGAAAAUGAGAAAGAAGCGGAAGCAGGAACAUAUAUGAGAACUGUUCGUGAUGAAAUUGCUAAAUUUAUGUGGCUUAAGAAAAGACGUGGAAGUCAUUAUCAUUAA